AUAUAGCAAGUCGUAUACAAAUUGUUAUCGAAAACGGAAAAGUUCGAAGAUGACCGACAUUCGACGAAAAAGUCCAAAGCAAACUGUGCUAUUAGGGUACAUAAGAUAUACACGUGUUUGAAACUUUGUGUUUCAAAGUUAGGUUAUUUCUAGUUUCUAAACUUUAGAUGCAAAAUAUAUUUUCAUAAACAAAUAUUUUAUUAACAAUUCGUUAAUAUAAUUAUAUUACUAUAAACAUAACUAAUUUAUGUUAAUGCAAUAAAAUAUCAGAGUUUGGUACUUUUGACAAUUAAGCGGUAAAAAAAUUUAUGAUAGUUUUUAUAUAAUUAUAAAGUAUAAUUUAAAAUGCUUUAUACAAUCGAAGAAUUGCCGCCGAUUGAUUUCGAACCACCGCUGAAAAAAUUAAAAAACACAAAAGUGUCCGACUCAAAAUUUAAAAAAUCCCAUAAAAAAAAGAAAAAAAAUAAUCGUUUGUCAAAAAAUAAUGAUGAGCCAAAAAUAGUUGAUGACUCGAGUAAUGAUAAAAGUUCAGCUGAAGUUACAGAAUUCAACUCGGCUGCAUGGAGUUCUUUGGGAGUUCCAGCUCCCAUAUUGAAAGCGCUAGAAGAUAAUAAAUUUACAACUCCAACUGUUAUACAAUCUUUGACUCUUGGACCUGCAAUACUUGGUCAUCGAGAUAUUUUGGGAGCUGCUGAAACAGGAAGUGGUAAAACGUUGGCAUUUGGUAUUCCGAUUUUAGCCGGAAUUUUGAAACUUAAAGAAGAAAAGCCGGAAGUUGAAGAUGAUGAACAAGAGUCAGAUUCUACGAAAGAAAUUAAUCGAUGUGGAACUGCUGAUUCUUGGUUGGUUUCAACAGAAGGAAAUAAUUCAGCUGCUGAAUUUUCUGGUUCUGAACAAGAGAGUGAGGAAGAACUCGAUGAUGAUUUAGUAAAUACUGAUGGUAUUGGUUGCGUUAAAGUAAUCGAUUACGGAUUAGUUGAUGAUUGUACUACAGCAUCAACAAGUGUUGUAACAAAACCAUUGUAUGCAUUAAUUUUAACACCAACCCGAGAAUUAGCAAUUCAGAUCCGAGAUCACUUGUGCAAAGCAGCUAAAUAUACGGACAUCAAAAUUGCAGUUGUCAUUGGCGGAAUGGCUGCUGUCAAACAAGAACGAAUACUAAGUAAGGGUCCAGAAAUUGUUAUUGCUACACCUGGUAGAUUAUGGGAACUUAUUGAUCAAGGAAAUAUACAUUUGAGUCAACUACAUUCAAUAAAGUACUUAGCUAUUGAUGAAACUGAUCGAAUGUUAGAAAAAGGGCAUUUUCAAGAACUUCAUCAAAUAUUGGAACGGAUCAAUUCUAUUUCUGAAAGUUUGGACAAGCGUCAAACGUUCGUUUUCUCUGCUACGCUCACUUUAGUCCAUGAUAUUCCAGAUUUUUUAAUGCGUAAAAAAAAACAACGUCCUUCAAGUAAAAUAUUUAAAAUAACUCCUGGACAAAAGUUGCAGAAAGUUAUUGAUUUAUUGAAGAUAAAGAAUCCUAAAGUAGUUGACAUUACUAAGGAACGAGGUACCGCGGGAACAUUAACAGAAUGUCGAAUAGCGUGUACGGUAGAUCAUAAAGAUUAUUACUUGUAUUACUUUUUGAAACGACAUCCAGGUAGAACAUUAGUAUUUUGCAAUAGUAUUGGGUGUGUCAAACGUUUAGCUACACUAUUUGGUAUUCUAAAUUGCAAUCCCCUGCCUCUUCAUGCAAACAUGAUCCAAAAACAACGUUUGAAAAAUCUUGAAAGAUUUCAAAAAAAUUCCGACGGUCUUUUGAUUGCCACUGACGUAGCGGCAAGAGGUCUUGAUAUUCCUAAUGUUGAACAUGUGAUUCAUUAUCAAGUACCGCGAACAUCUGAAAGUUACGUUCACAGAAGUGGUCGAACAGCACGUGCUCAAAAAGAAGGUAUAACUGUUUUGAUGAUGGAACCUUCUGAAAAACAUUAUUACACAAAACUUUGUAAAACACUUGGUCACACUCAGGAUAUUCCUACGUUUCCGGUCAUCGAUCGACUUUUAGUUGCAGUAAAAGAACGUGUUAAUGUUGCCAGAGAAAUUGAUAAAUUAGAGUUGAGGUGUAAACGUGAUAAUCUAAAAAAAAGUUGGUUGAAAAAGGCCGCCGAGGAAAUGGAUUUAUUGCUUGACGAAGAUGAACAAGAAUCGACAAUGGAGUUGAAAGAAUCAGCGGAUAUGAGACGGCACUUAAAAAUUAAACGAAAUCAAUUAUCUAAUCUGCUAUUAAAACCAUUAUUUUCUAAAAGUUUCUCAGGUAAGUAUCCUGAAAUGAAUAUUGGAUCACCGUAUAUUUUAAAUUCAGAAAAAGCAGUAGAUACUAUGAAAAAUGUGACAAAUAACAAGCUCAAAUUGAAUCCUAAAAGUGAAAAAAAUAAUAAAAAAAGACGCCGUGAAUAAAAUAAUUUUUUCUUUGUUUUUAUUCUAAUGAUAACUAUUACUAAGUAAUUUACGAUUAAUUAGUUGUGAAUAAAAUUUUAAUUGUUUAGAAAAAUUGUCAAUAUUUAUUUAAACAAAACUACAAUUACAAUACCUUCUUAGAGACUUAUUUAUUACAGUAUUUACAAAGUCAAAUUUUAAUAUUUUAUAAAUAUAAUUAUAAAAAUUAUGUGCUAUAUAAGACAGAUUAGUUAAGGACAAUGAAAUGUCAAUUUAAAGAAAAAAAGUUGUUAAAAUUGUCUUAGUUACUCGAGUCAAAAUUAAAAAGUGCUUUGAGCCUCCAAAUCCUACACGAAAGCAAGAAGACUGAAAUGAUUUUUAUGGAUUAUGAUGAUCCGUAUGUAAAAACGGUUAUUUGAAUUUAAACUUGGCAACUUUGCCCGAUUUUACCAAGUUUAGGUCUAAAUAAUCUUUUGAAAAAGAUAAAAUUAGUCUCCAGACCCAAAAUUUGUGGGAUGAGGAGUAACAGACGCAAUUUUUUAAAUAUUUUCAACUUCCCGCUAAGAAAAUUGAAAAUUUUCGAAAAGAGGGAAGUUAUCGUUUUCACCCAGAUUUGCGAAAAUCGAAAUUUCAUCAAAUGUCGACGUUUUAAGGUUCUAGGAAGCUAUUCUGACUAUUUUCAGAAUGAUCUCCGAGUGUCUGUGCACGUGUGCGAGAUUUCGUGGGAGAAAGAAAUGCUAAAAAACGGUUUUUUUCAAAAACAAUGGCAUACAAAAAUAUUUUCGAGCUUAAGGAGCUUAACUUUUUUAUAUCCAAUUGACAAUAAAUGAAAUCAAUGAAUAUCAUGAUAUCUGUUGCAUACCUACGUAAGUAGAUAUGCCCAGGUCCAUCGUCCUUUAGAUACAAAUCAGGUUCCAUACCUAAAGAACUUCGAAAACUUAAAUUUGACAAUUUGAACUUUGAUGAUUUGAACUUACCUUUUUCUCAGAUUUUGUGUGCGUGGAAAUAUAAAUUAUGUAAACCUAUACGCUUGAAAUAGUAUGGUGCCCUUUUUUCAGGGGUUUUGUGUGCGUAGACAUAUAAAAUAUUCAAAUUUUUAAAAGUUCAAAUUUACAAAACCUGAGAAAAAAGGUAAGUUCAAAUUUACAAAAGUUCAAAUUGGUAAAGUUCAAUUUUCAAAGUUCAUUAGGUCGGUUACCACAAAUAAUUAUUACACAGUACAAAGCUUGACCGGUAUCAAGCACGUAACUGUAUAUAUCACUGGUUCGUACUUAAAGGAUCUUAAUUUUAAAUCACGAUUAACAAAUUUUACCAUGAAACUUUGCCGUUUAUAAUAAAA